AAAUUCGAUCGCAUUUUGGGUUGCUUUGGCGUCUCGGUUAUGGCACCGAUCCAAUAUACUUGUAGCUUAUUCUUUCACUCCUCGGUCACCUAAAAGGAAACUACCAAAAUAACCCUACACAACAGGCGGACAAGUCUUCUCGAAGCCCAAUUAAAAUGGAAACUCCUACCCCUCUUAUACUUCUUUCUGUCACCCAUCAAAGAAUGUGACAUCCUCCUCUCUCCUCCUUGCAUUCACGUCUAUCUCCCUCUCCGGGCGACGAUAUGCCUGCCCGCUUCCUUUUAGCCUUGUCUCGACGCCUCCGACAUUAACGUCGCCUCUUGCUUAUCACCCUGCUGCACCUUAACCUGCACGUACACCACAGUCUAUAUAACAUUAAUUAAUGGCUCCACCUCCAAAACCUGACCCUUUCCCUGCAGACUCUCAACGUGAAGUUGAUGCCGGUGCAGUCUUCGUCCUCCAAUCCAAGGGGGAGUGGUGGCAUGCCGGAUUUCAUCUGACGACGGCGAUAGUGGGGCCUACAAUACUGACGUUACCGUAUGUGUUUAAAGGUCUAGGAUGGGCUUUAGGAUUCUUCUGCUUAACGGUGAUGGGCAUGGUGACCUUUUACGCUUAUUAUCUCAUGUCGAAGGUGCUAGACUACUGCGAAAAAGAUGGUCGUCGCCAUAUCAGAUUCCGGGAAUUAGCUGCCGACGUUUUAGGGUCUGGAUGGAUGUUUUAUUUUGUUAUAUUCAUUCAAACUGCCAUCAAUACUGGAGUUGGCAUAGGAGCAAUAUUGCUUGCUGGAGAAUGCCUUCAGAUCAUGUACUCAAGUCUUUCUCCCGACGGACCCCUGAAGCUGUACGAGUUCAUAGCAAUGGUGACAGUAGUGAUGAUAGUUCUCUCUCAGUUGCCAACAUUCCACUCCCUCAGGCAUAUCAACCUGGCUUCACUGUUUCUCAGUUUGGGCUACACUUUCAUUGUUGUCGGUGCUUGUGUCCAGGCAGGUCUGUCAAAAAAUGCUCCUUCAAGGGACUAUUCCUUGGAAUCGUCAGGGUCAGCAAGGGUCUUCAGUGCAUUCACUUCUAUCUCCAUAAUAGCUGCCAUCUUUGGGAAUGGAAUACUGCCUGAAAUACAAGCUACUUUGGCUCCACCUGCUACUGGAAAGAUGGUAAAAGGCCUUAUGAUGUGUUAUACUGUAAUUCUUCUUACUUUCUACUCAGCUUCAGUGUCUGGAUAUUGGGCGUUUGGAAACAAGUCUAACUCUAACAUUAUCAAAAGCCUAAUGCCUGAUGAGGGACCUUCCUUGGCUCCAACAUGGGUUCUUGGCCUUGGUGUUAUCUUUGUUCUGCUUCAACUCUUUGCUAUUGGCCUCGUUUAUUCUCAAGUAGCUUAUGAGAUCAUGGAAAAGAAAUCUGCUGAUGUGAAGCAAGGGAUGUUCUCCAGAAGGAAUCUAAUUCCGAGGCUAAUCCUUCGGACUCUUUACAUGAUAUUCUGUGGAUUUAUGGCAGCUAUGCUUCCUUUCUUUGGAGACAUUAAUGGUGUCGUAGGAGCUAUUGGUUUCAUCCCUUUAGAUUUCGUCCUUCCAAUGCUUCUCUACAACAUGACCUACAAGCCGCCAAAGUCAUCCCUCAUCUAUUGGGUCAAUCUCUCCAUUAUGGUUGUCUUUACAGGUGCAGGGCUCAUGGGUGCUUUCUCCUCUAUGAGGAAAUUGAUUCUUGAUGCCAACAAGUUCAAGCUAUUUAGCAGCAAUGUGGUUGAUUAAAACUUGCAAGUAAAACGCAUGGUGAUCUUGCUCUCCAAUGCCGCAGGUUUUAUUAGUUGCCUCAACAUCCAGAAAGUGUACAGCUACAUAGCAAUAAGAUGUGAAAUUUAAUAUACAUGGCAAUGCAAGAAAGUUGAGGCAAAGGCAUUUUAGCUUAUAGCACCAAACAUAGUAAUCAGUAGGCCGAUCAAUAUCAGCCGACCUGACUUGACUUGAAUUCACGAGUAUUUUUUUGUAUCCAAUAAAUAAUAAAUAGAGUAUAAAUAAUAGAUGUCAAUCAAGGAUAUUUAUGUCA